GAAGCUCCCCUAAGCCACCGACUCAUCCCCUUUGAGAAAAAUUGGUAACAAGCUUGAUUUUUCCCUUCCUUUUCUUGUUAAAGAACUGAUUUUAGGACCUAGAACCCUCCCUUUGAAGUGGGGAUUUCAGAUCUGCUCUGUUUCUUCCCUUGAUCUGUCCGCUGUUCUGCUGGGUGUGAAUCCUUCGGGAUUUUUGUUUUCAUGAUUUCUUCUCCAGUCUCUGUCGGCCUCCAUACCCGCCAGCUCCGGUUUUGGCUGCUGGAAAAAUACUGGUUCUUGAUCGUUCUGUCAGUUUAGUACGUGAAUUGAGUGCUCAGUUUUGUGGAGUGAGGUAGUAUGACCCGAGACAUGGAAACCAUGGGAAGUGACGAGUUAGAAGGCUAGCCAUUUUGAGAUUGAUAUAAUUUUAGAAAUAAAUCAUGUUUUUGUAAGAUAGAUUUUACCUUGUGAUUUUAAGUUAUUGGAUUGUCAGAUGUGAAUUGAAUAAGUUCCGAGCCUUGUGCAUUUGUGGGAUCCUCUCACGAGUGCACGGCGUCUGUCACGCCUUGAAUUCGGGUUUUGGGGCGUGACACUACUAUUGAAAAAAUCUCCUUUUGGGUCCUUGUCAUGCCCUAGAACCCAAAUCCGGAGACGCGACAGACGUCGUGCACUCGUGAGAUGGGUCCCACGAAUGCACAAGGCUCGAAACUUAUCCAAUUCACAAUCUGAUACCACCAAAUCUCAAGAUAAAAUUUUUACAAUCUGCUCUGACAUCAUAAAAUCUCCAAAUACACUCUAGCUUACAGGAUCAUAAUCUGUAUCUAAAAUCUAUAUCAAAUUCCAGGUGACUAGCCUUCUAUCUCGUCACUCCCCUCGGUUUCCCCCAUCCUCAGUAUCGCUUCUUGAAAUGGUGGACAAGGAAAACUAUGAGAUAACUCAUGACAAAAUCAGAUUCAGUUCAAUUGUAAAGCAUUCAAAGACAACCCGUCCAUGCAGAAGAAAAUUCAGUUCAGUAGUCUCAUCUAUAAGUCAUGGCCAGUGUUUACAACUCCCACUGGUAGGCAUCAGUAAUGGUACCAGUGUUUACAAACUCCCACUGGUAGGCGUCAGUAAUAGUGCCAGUGUUUACAACUCCCACUGGCAGGCGUCAGUAAUAGUGCCAGUGUUUACAACUCCCACUGGCAGGCGUCAGUAAUAGUGCCAGUGUUUAACCCCAUAGGCAGGGUGAACCGGUUCCACAGAAAUAAAUGUCGACAUGUGCUAGCGUUUACAGCUCCCACUAGCGGGCGUCAGUAAUCAUGACUAUAUCCGAGACAAAACCAUGCAAGAUUUCCAAAAAUCCAUAAUUCACAAUCAAUCUCAAAUCUCAGAAACAAACCAGAAAAUUUCCAUGUGACCAUGGAUUUAACAGAAAACUCAGAAUUUGCAAACUCUCAGUUCAUCAAAACAGUUCCGUCAAUUACCAAAUAGGCAUGCUCUAUUCCAAAAAAACAAUGAAAUUCUCAUUUUCAUUUCUCAAUCAUGCUCAUUUCCAGAAAAUCAAUAAAAUCCUCAUUUUCAUUCCAAUCAUGCUCAAUUCCAG